AUGACGUUUGACCGCCUGCCGCAGGCCGUGGCCUUUCUGCAGCAGCUCGUCGACAGCCACCCGGACACCGUGUAUGGGUAUUGCGCAAUGGACCGCACCGAGGCCACGUGGCCCGACGCACCCGCUAAGAGCCUCUACUCGGCAAACAUCUUCAGCCCCGCCCUGCGGAGCGAGCCCAACUCCACGUCCACGAGCUCCGGCGAUGAGAAGGGCCUCUCCGCCGCAGAGCGGCAGCAAGCGGUUGCUGAUAUUGGGCACCACACAGUGACCAACUACUACCGGUGCACGUUUGACGGGGCGGAGAUUGAACUUGACAACUUUCGCGGGUGCUCCAUGCAGCCGGAGCAGGUGGUCUUAUUUGUGACGGAUGACGAGUUUUUCAAAAGGGCGUCGCUCGUCGCGGAAGACCCCCUCAACCAGGUAAGGGUGGAGCUUCUCGCGCCGCGGCCUUCGACGUCGUCAUCAUCAUCAUCCUCGUCACUGAUGCUGGACGAGCGCAAGACAGGCGUCACGGCCGACUUAUCGCUGAAGAACAUCUCCGUCGUGGGCGGGUGCGCCGUGGUACAGGCGGUGGUAACGGCGGUGAGCCUAGGCGAGGCGGAAUUCGUGCAGGCGAUUUACCGAGACACGUACCUUGCCAAGCGCGCGGUGGCACUCGACGUACCGCGCUCCAAGCUGCCGUUCUACCCACUGGACAAGCAAACCAAAACGUUGCUGCGGCAGAUGCCGUCGGCGAUGUGGGUGGUGUCAACCAGCGCGGCCCACGGGGAGGAUCUGGCGAUGACGGCGACGUCCGUCACGGUGCCUGCGGCGGCGCGCGGGAUGAUGUGCUUCAAUGUGGGGCACUCGAGCGCGUUCUACGCGGGGCUCGGCGGGGUCGGGGCGGGCGUGAGGCUGUUCGCGCUUUCGACAAGGCAGAAGGACAUUGUCGAGCGGUACGUGACGAGGGCUGCGUUGGGGAAGGAGGAUAGGACACGGGUGGAGGAAGAGUGCAUGGUGGCGGCAAGUUGCACGAUUGAGCAUACCGAGGAUGUGCAGGACCAUCACAUUGUUUUGACGAAGAUUGACGGCGUCAAGGUGCCGGAGAAGGACGAGGAGGGGUUGAUGCCUUUGGUUUGGCAACACGGAAAGUUGAUCACGGAAAGUCGAUCACGUAGCGGUAGGCGCCGGGUGCUGAGAGUCGGCCCUUGUGCGCUACAGUAUUAA